AUGUCGGACGUAUGCCCAGAUACUGUAGGUGAAGGAAUUAAGAGUUCGUGGCCUGAAUUGGUGGGCAGAAGAGGAGAGGAAGCAAAAGAGAUCAUUGAGAGAGAAAAUACGAAAGUAACGGCUCGGAUUAUAUCUGAAAAUGCUAUUGUUUUGACCGUUGUGAUCUGUGAUAACGUUUAUGUUCGUGUCAAUGACCAUGGCAUUGUCACACGAACCCCUUCCGUUGGUUAA